UAUACUGGUGGAGUGUUAGGGAUGGGGUGGGGGCUCAUGACUCGUCACAGUUCGGCUGGCAACGCAUGACACCGUUGUGUUGGCGACAUCUCUGACACCCAAGUGCUGCGCCCACUCUCACGAGUCAGAAAUCCAGCAGAGACUUUCGUCCCCAAGCCUGCCCCCUCACUACACCGUUUUUUUUUGUAAUUUUUUUCCCCCUCCCUUUCUCCAUCGCUCCUCACCACUAAUCUGAUCCAGUAGCAAUCCUGGCAGUGAUGUUGCAUGGGGACGUUUCAACCGAUCCCCCAGUACCGUGCAUGUUGUUGUUGCAGAUCAUGUUAGGAAGGAAUCGAUGAAUCAGCUCCGAACGCGCUGCAGCAGUUGCUCACAAAAGUAUAUCUCCGAGCUGUAACGCUGAUCAGCGAUGUGGCGUAAAAUUAACCCACUCCGUUGAGACUUCCCAAUUGAUUGUAUGUUGUUGGGAAGCUGUUUUCAAGCUGCCAAAAACUGUAGUACGAGGGUAGACAGCUGCUACAGCUAGGUGCACCGGAGGCGUGGUGGCUAGAUUGUGUGAAGAUGGAUGCGUGACGACACAUGAUGGCUAGGAAAUGUCGGUGUCUCUACAGCUGGAUACUAGCGUCGCGUUGUAAGUUGGAACCGCAAGUCUUUAGUGAGGAUGAUAGUGAUCUCUUGGUUCAUUGAAUCCUGGGGAAGAAUAUCAAGCUUGCGAGCGGAGAAACUCCUUCAAAGCACCCAAUUAGACAGAACAGCUCGCAGACAUGGUCUGGAGGGGAAACCUUGUGGACACCAUGGAAGUAGCACUUACCGAAACUCCAAGAUGGCCACGACCUAUAAGCUGCUCAGAUACGAUGCUGCUGCGGCAGUUGAGAUCGAAUAAGUACUCCUCAGCCACCUCGUCAUUGAACUGGAAAGUUUUCGGAAAGAGCCUAUUCUAGAAACCCGGUGCAACAAAUUAGCAAAGAUCCAUGCUUUCGUGGGCACCUGCAAGGUCGUCACAAUGCACAGGAUAAUGUUGGAGGAGCAAGAUCAGUGACCCUGCCUUGACACUUUUUGCAAAACCGUCAUUUGCCACUGCAGUGUGAAGAGAAUGUCCUCCGCAGCUCCUCCCACCGACACUACGAGAACGUCUCCAUUCGUGUUCAUUCCAGCGGUGCCACCAGAAGGAGAGCUCAAUCACGCGCGGAGUGCACCCACGUAUCAGAACGUGUACCCGAGCAUCCUACCUCCCGCAGACCAACGGCGAAUACCCACCACCACAGCAUCUGGUUCCGGAGACCCGCACAUUAACGGGAGCGUGAUUGUGAUUCUCGCGAUUCUUAGUUUGGUCUUCAUUCUGUCUGGGCUGCUCCAUUUGCUCGCGCGGUGUAUGGCGCGACAGCGCCACCCUCCCGCGCGCUACCACAGCCCGCUCGUGAGCGCGCUCCAUGGCCAGCUUCAGCACUUGUUCCAUCUCCACGAUGCGGGCGUGGAGCAAGCUUUCAUCGACACGCUUCCCGUGUUCACAUUCGGCUCGAUUCGAGGGUUGAAGGACAGCACCGAUUGCGCAGUCUGUUUGACGGAGUUCGGAGACGACGAUCGACUGCGGUUAUUGCCCAAGUGCAAGCAUGCCUUUCACUUGGAUUGCAUCGACACAUGGCUGUUGUCGAACUCGACUUGUCCAGUGUGUCGCCGAAGCCUCCUCCCGGAGCCCAUUCAUGGCGCUGCAGGCUCUUCCCGACACGGACAGCUCGAGGUUUGUGGCGUCUCGACCGACGACGCAAUGAAUUCCUACAGGUUCAUCCACCACGAUCACCAGCGGCGGUUGUCGCUGGAAGAGCAGCUCAUCCAAGAGUCACGACGGUUUCGAAGCCUCCAUGGAAGCAUCCAUGGCAGCUACCAGAACAGCUUCCGGAUAAGUGAUGUGAUGGAGGAAGACCAGAACUCGGACUUAAACGAAAUCCAAGAGAUUCAGGAGCUCGAAGGAACCCAUCACGAGGAGUGCAAAGUUGAGCCGCCGAGCCCCGUAGCGCCCACGAUCCGCAUCACGGAUGAACACGGCAUGCAGCGAGAUAUUACAGUGGAGCUAGGGAGAGUGGCGGCGAGGGUGAAGUCCGAUUCUCGCAGGCUCAUGGGAAGCGCCGCAAGGUCGUAUUCCAUGGGCAGCUACGAGUACAUUGUGGAUCCUUCCAGCUGGAUCCUGAUGAUCGAGCCAACGCCAUAUCCAGGUCGCCCUGGUCGGGACUGGGCACCCUCCAAGCCCACGCACCGAAGCGCUCUGUCUGAUAGCAUCCCCGAGCUUGCGAGCGCGAGCGGCACGCCCGCGAAUGAUGAGCUGUUCUGGGCAAGCAGAGGGCUCUACAAUCCUCAGACAUUGGCACGAGUUCGGGAGCUUCUUGCACCGGUGAGCUCGAAUCCGUUCUCUCCGGGGGAUUAUCUGGAGGAUUCCUACUCGCCUGGUUUCGGGGACCAGUGGAUUGACAUCGACAUUGAGCGAGGCGAGGUCAUCGAAGACGAGGAAGGACGCAGAGACUUGUACAGACAUUCCAGUGCGUCGUCGUCGUCAUCAUCCUCGGCUUCUUCUUCUUCGCCAUCUGCGGUGGUAUUGGUAACGCUGCAGAAGGAUUCGAGUGAUUUCAAGCAACGGUCCUCGUCGCUGAGCCGAUUGCCAGAAGAGAAGGGAAGUGUGAGUCUCUGCCGGCGAUCGUUGUCGGAGACGUCACUGGGCGUGGACCAGGAUGGGAAAAUGCAUAAAUCCUGUAGCAGGGAUGUGUCGGGGAAGUUGUUCUCGGACCCAAUCUCCAAACAAGGCUCAUUCUCGAGGAGGUUUUCCUUCCAUUGGCUAACGGGAAGAAACAAGCGGGCGGUGUUCUCUGCUGUGUCGCCAUCUCCAAUGCCGAUCACCAUCUAAGCAGGCAGGUUUUUUGCUCAGGACUCGACGAUUCAUUGGUUGUUUUGUUACUGGCCAAGUUGGUGCUCCCUCCAUUCAUGCGUAAUUGUUACUAGUUGUUCGUGAGAUAAUUCCAGGCAACUUGCAACGGGGAUUUAAGCACGAUUGCUAGAAUUUAGAAACGAUCGAAACGAAAACUAAGUUUUUUUCAGGACAGUUGCUGCCGUAGUCCAAGUUUCUAGAUUCGUUUAUAACAUUCAAGGGCUUCGUAGCUGAGCCUGGACAUUGCAAGCUUGUGGAGAAUCAGAGCACCACUCACGAGAUGAUGCGAGUUCAAUCGACCGUUUUAAUAUAAAUGAUGUGAUAUCUGCACAUAUAAAAUGAAAA